GUCACUGUCAACAUCAUAAUAUUAUUUACAAACUCAAGUUUUUAUUUUUAUUUUUUUUUUGUGAAAAUUAUUCAUUGUUUAAAUAGUUUUUUUAAUGCUAAUGACCUAAAGAUGGCAAUCAAAAUGAAAACAGGAUCUAAAAAAUUUAAAUUACAAAAGAAUAAAAUCAAAAAGAAAAGAUCCAAAUCAGUUAAAAUUUCUCAAUCCAAAAAACUCGAAAACAAAGAUAUCGAUGAAGAAUGGGAUGAAAACAAUGAUAUUGAUGAUGAUGAUGAUGAUGAUCUUGAUCUGGAAGAAGUAUCUAAUCCGAAAAAAUGGAAAUCCAAUUCGAAACCUGUAUCAAAUGAUGAUCACGAUUCUGAAUCAUCCGAAGCACAAGAAUCCGAUGAUGAAUCCAUUAUGGAUGCAACAAUGCAUAAGAAAACAUUGGAAAGUUUAAAGGAAAAAGAUCCAGAAUUUUAUGAAUAUCUUCAAAAGCAUGAUAAACAAUUGCUUGAUUUUAAUGACGAUGAAGAGCUGCCAUUGGAUGAUGAUGGCGAAAAUCUUGAUCAAUCCGAUGAUGAAGAUUCUGAAGAAUCAGAAACAUUAAAUAUCACUAUCGAUAAUGUCAAAGAAUGGAAACAAAUUCUUCAAAAUCCAACAACAAAAACCAAGUGUUUGAAUGCAAUCAAAUCAUCUAUUAAAGCAUUUCGAAAAUCAGUUCAACAAACACAAGAUUCAUCUGAUCAAAUGUUAAUGAAACCGAUGUCGGUUAUGAAUCCAUCAUUAUUCAAUAUGAUAAUCAAUACCUGUCUUGUUGAUUUAUUGCCUGCCAUUUCACAUUAUCUUGGCCUAAAAGUUUCACCUGAUUCACAAAAUGAAGAUGACAAAAUCAGAUGUCAAUUGUUUGAUCCACGUCGUUCAAGAAAUUGGAAACGAAUCAUAUCAUCAAUGAAAAUGUAUUUAACUGAUAUAUUAAAAAUGAUGACAUCAUUAUCGAUUGAAGCACGGCUAUCAUUUGAACGUCAUAUUUUGGAAUUAAUACCUUAUUAUCAAGUAUUUCCACAUUUAAUCAAAAGAAUUAUUCGACAUUCAAUUCAGGAAUGGCAUUCAAGUCAAGAAGAACGAUCACGGGUUUUAGCUUUUCUUAUUCUUUAUCGUACUAUUCGUGUUAUACAAACAAAUGAAAAUCAUAUGACCAAUUCAGAACGAGAAACAUUUAUCAAUCAAAUAUUAAGACAAUUAUAUAUGACAUAUGCUGUAACAUCGAAAACAACAAAUGAAAUUACAUUAACAAAAAUUCAAUUUAUGCGAAAUUCACUUGUUGAACUUUAUCGACUUGAACCAUCGAUUGCUUAUCAACAAUGUUUUAUUUUUAUGCGUCAAUUGACCAUAAAUUUACGUAAAUCUGUAAUGGUAAAAGAAAAAGAUGCACUAAAACGUGUUCAUAAUUGGCAAUUUAUUCAUUCAUUAAAUUUAUGGUCACAAUUAAUUGGUACAAGCCUUAAACAUAAUGAUCUUUUUGAUCAAUUAUUAACACCUGUUACAAAUAUUUCACUUGAAACAUUAAGAUUAUUUUCAGCAUUUAAAUAUGUUACAUAUAGGCUACAGAUAAUUGAAUUAUUAGUUAAAUUAUCAUCAGAAUCCGGUUAUUUUAUACCAAUUUUACGAACUUUUCUGGAGAUUAUUGUACAAUUAGCAAAGAAUAAAAGAGAAAUUAUUCUUAAAAAUAAAAUGAAAACAAAAACAAAGAAAAAAGAAAUAAAACCGAUUGGAAUUGGCAAGAAAAAAGAAUCAAAAAAUUUAAUCAAAAUAAUCAAUUUAAAUGUUACAUUGAAAACAACAAAAGAACAAAUACUUGAAAUGGAUUUCAUUCAAAAAUUAAUCGAUAAAAUCUAUGAAUUAUUAUUAUAUUAUUUAAAAUCAAUUUCACAUCGAAUAUCAUUUCCAGAAAUUAUUCUAAUAUUUCAUCAAGAAUGUCGUAAACAAAUCAAAUCAAUACCAUAUGUUCGUGGUCAAACAAUGAUGAAACAAUUAAUGGAUAAAUGUGAUAAAAAUGCUCAAUUUAUUAUUGAAAAUCGUAAAAAACAAAAUCUAUACUAUGGAAAACUUAAAGAUUUAAUUGAUCAACAAAAAAUUGAAUCAUUUGAGAAUGAAAUACGCAAUCAAAAAACACCGUUGAUUGAAUUUUAUGAACAAUGGCGUCAUCUAAAAUCUAAACAAUCAUCAACAAAAACAUCUGGUGAUGAUGGUCCACUUGAAUUAGCCGAAAAUGAAUUAAUUACUCCUGAUUUACGUGAAUUCGAUAUCGGACAAGAUAUUGAACAUAAUGACGAUGAAAAUGUCGACGAUGAAGAACUGAAUGAAUCCGAACUAGAUGAACUUGACAUGAAUAACGACGACGAUAAUAAUGAUGAUGAUGAUGAAGAAAGUAUUGAAGAAUUUGGCGAAGAUGAUGAAGUUGAACUAACUGAAGAACAGAUGAAAAAAAUCCAGGCUAAAAUUGAAAAGGUUGAACGAAAAUUAUCAAACAAUAAAUCAUCGAUUAUCGAAGAAGAUGAUGAUAGUAAUGAUGCAAAACAUAAAAUCGACAAUAAUGGAUCAAAGAAAAGAAAACGAAAACGUUCGAAAAAGAAUAGGAAAAAAGUUCGUGGACUUAAUCCAAAUCUUCAGCUAGAAGGAGCAUUUGAUUUAUCAUCCGAUGAUGAUGAAUAAAAUGUUGAGUAAGCUUGUAAAUCGUAUAGAGAAAUGUUCCUGAAAUAUAUUUUUUAAAAAUUUA